AUGGCUUACACUGUCGUAAUGCUCGUCUACCGCAACCCCAAGAUGACACCUGGUCAAUUCAAAGAUCAUUACGAAAACAAACACAUUCCCCUGAUGAAGAAGCUUCUCGGGGCCAGCUUCCCCCUCUCACAUUCUCGAAGAUAUAUCCUUCGCUCUGACGCAGAUGGACAUACGGCAACCGUUCUCGCAGGAACUCAAGUCGACUUUGAGUUUGACUGCGUGUCCGAGCUCAAGUUCGAGAGUGAAGCCGGCUUCCACAGCAUGUCUACUUUGCUUUCUAGCGCCGAGAACUCCGAGGCGGUGGGAGAGGACUGCAUGGCAUUCAUGGACCCCGGAAAGACGAAGAUGGUUGUGCUUGGGGAGGUUAACACUACUUCUGGCUGA